AUGAGCAGUCAGGAAAUACCAUGCAGUUCGCAAAACACUCGAAUCGAGUUUGGAAGAGCAGCGAAGCGCUUGCAGUCAGAGCUGUCGUCUCUUAUGUUGGAAAGCGUACCGGGCGUAUCCGCUUUUCCUGAGUCUGACGACAUAUUGACCUGGAGAGGCACGAUUCGUGGCACCGAGCACUCACCAUAUUCAGGUAUGCGUUUCCAUCUGGCACUCAAGUUCCCGCAGAACUAUCCAUUUUCGCCACCAACGGUCACUUUUGUUACUCGUUGCUUCCACCCGAACAUAGACUAUGCGAGCGGGACCAUAUGCCUCGAUAUCCUCAAGGAGCACUGGAGCUCAACAUUUACCGUGAAAACUAUUCUCUUAAGCAUACAGUCUCUUCUCGAUGAGCCCAACGUUGAAAGCCCGCUGAACGUGCAAGCCGCGGGCCUCUGGGAGACAGACCCGCGCGAGUUUCGCGAAGUUUGCAUUGCCAAGUAUGAGGAAGCAACUGGUGAGAAGAUCGUUUCUGCAGAUUACAGCCAAAGGAACGAGGGGAAGUCGGAGCAGCAUGCUCGCAGGGUUCCCGCACCCUUGUAUAAAUCAAAUCCCAUGGUUGCGAACCGGGUGCAUCGUUACCGAAACCAAAGUUAG